GGGGAGUCGCUUUUGGUUGACGGGGGAUACGUUCAAGUUUAAUAAAUAUUUUAUCAAAAUUUCACACGGUUUUAACAGUCGCAACCAUGGAAAUAUCCUUCUCUGGUAAAAGGGCUUUGGUUACGGGGGCGUCCCGAGGGAUUGGUAGAGCCAUAGCCGUGGAAUUAACCCAAUGUGGUGCUAGUGUCGUAGCAACUGGGCGUUCACGCCCAGAUCUAGAGUUGUUAAAGUCGGAAUUCCCGUCGAUCGAAAUCGUAGAUGUAGACCUAUCCGACUGGAGUAGUACUGAGCAGGCCCUUUGUAACCUAGGUCCGAUUGACCUUCUGGUUAAUAAUGCCGGCGAAGGAAUGAUCAAGGCUCUACCCGACUUGGACGAAACAGACGUGGAUCGGAUUUUCGCUUUAAACGUGAAGGGUUUAAUUAAUGUCACUCGACUCGUCGUCAAGGAACUUUUGGCCAAAAAAUCACCAGGUUCCAUUGUCAAUAUUUCGUCCCAAGCGUCCCUGGCGGGUCUCCUCAACCACACUGUGUACGCUGCGAGUAAAGGAGCAGUCGAUGCCUUCACCAGAGCGAGUGCUUUGGAACUAGGUCCUCACAACAUACGGGUCAAUUGUGUCAACCCAACCGUCAUUAUGACGGAAAUGGGGCGAAAAUGGUGGAGCGAACCCACGAGGGCUGGGACCAUGCUCCACAAAAUCCCGCUUGGAAGAUUUGGGGAAGUGAACGAAGUCGUCGACGCGGUUUUGUAUCUCCUUAGUGACAAGUCCAGCAUGAUCACGGGGACUUGCUUACCCAUCGAUGGAGGUUUCGUGUCUUCUUAAAAUCCCUGUCAAACUUGUGUUUGAGAUAGAUUAAACUAAAAUGUAAACAAUAUAAUUGUCGUAAUUGCAGUGACCUUUCUAUCUCUAGUGUUAUC